AUGAAGGCACCGCCGCCGUCCUCCGCCGCCUUCCUCCGCAAGGAGCGGUGCCUGUCGCGGUACUUCUUCACCCUAUUAGUCUUCAUUCUGUUCAUCAUGAUCCUCUACGUCGAGAACUUCCGCUGCAUCUUCGUCGUCCAAUUCGAGAACAACCGCCCUUCCCAGAGCACGCCAUCGGGAACGAAGGAGAGAGAAAAGCUAGCUUUCGCGGUGGGAGAGGCGGAGACAGGAUGCGACGUCUUUAGCGGGAGGUGGGUGUGGGACGAACACCGCCCGCUCUAUGAGGAGGCGGAAUGUCCGUACAUAAACCCACAGCUGACGUGUCAGGAACACGGCCAUCCUGACACGGGGUACCAGCACUGGCGAUGGCAGCCUCACACGUGCUCUCUUCCAAGUUUCAACGCGACAUUAUUGCUGGAAACUCUUCGAGGCAAAAGAAUGAUGUUCGUGGGCGACUCCCUGAACCGGGGCCAGUUCGUGUCGAUGGUUUGCCUCCUCCACAAGAUAAUACCGGACCACGCCAAAUCCAUGACCCUCAACGGUUCGAUUAGGGUUUUUACUGCCAAGGAUUACAACGCGACAAUAGAAUUCUACUGGGCGCCAUUUCUCCUAGAGUCGAACUCGGACGACGCCAUAGUGCACAAAAUAAGCGAUAGAUUGGUGCGGAAGGGCUCCAUCAACAAGCACGGCAAGCACUGGAAAGGUGUCGACAUAAUGGUGUUCAACACUUAUCUCUGGUGGAUGACAGGCAUCAAGUUCAAUAUAUUACGAGGAAACUUUGACGACAAAGACAAAGACAUAGCGGAGGUGCCAACGGAGGAGGCCUACCGGAUGGCGAUGAAGAGCAUGCUGUGGUGGGUUAACAAAAACAUGGAUCCCAACAAGACAAGAGUCUUUUUCACCACCAUGUCUCCCCUUCAUGAAAAAGCUAUUGAAUGGGGAGGUGAUGAGAAGGGUAAUUGCUACAACCAGACAGAUUUGAUAGAUGAUGCUAACUACUCGGGUUUAGACUUUCACAACAAAAAUGUGAUGAAUGUGAUAGACGAAGAGGUUAGGAAGUCGAGAUAUCCGAUAACGUUGCUCAACAUCACGCAGAUGUCGAGCUACAGAAAGGAUGCCCACACUUCUAUUUAUAAGAAGCAGUGGAACCCUUUGACGCCCGAGCAGCUGGCCGACCCGGUGAGCUAUGCGGAUUGUGUUCAUUGGUGUUUGCCUGGACUUCAAGAUACUUGGAAUGAACUUUUUUUUGCUAAGCUUUUUUAUCUUUGA